AAAAAUGAAUAAGCCGAAACAACUUUGCGAGACAACGAAGAUAUGAAUGGCUAUCAGGCAGAACCAACAACAUUGACGCACACGAGUAGGGGAAGAAUAACAAAGUUGCACAACAGUGGAACUGGCUAGUGAAUUCAGAACUUUGUAGGUCAUGAAACACUUUUAUUAAUGUUUUUAUUGUAUUCGUUAGAGCUUUCUGUCUUGUUCUAUGGUUAUCGUACGUGCCCAUUAAACUUUUGAGUAAAUGUUUACAUCUUUUAAUGUUGAAAUCUUAUAAAUGUCAUCUCGACAUCAUGCAGUUCCAUUGUAAAGUGCGUAGCCAGUUACGCAGCGCUCGGCUAACGCAGAUGUACUGUACAUCAGUUAUAUUGUAAUUUACCAAUACAGUUUAGUUAUUAUGUUUGUCCAAUGGAUUCGAAUUUUGUACUCUACAGAAGGUCGUCUUCUAACUUUAAAGUAUUGUGGCAGCAGUCAGCGUUAUUGUACUCUAAAAUUAAUUUCUGAAAAUGACAUAAAACAGUUCAUUGUUGAAAACACCGAGGUAGUGAGCGGUGGUAACCUGACCCCGGAAAUCCGUUUAAGGUUGUUUACCCCAAAUUGUCGUUUCUGGCACGCAAGACCAGAGCUGUGGCCGUUCACAGACCCAUACUGGGCAAUUUACUGGCCUGGUGGACAAGCCCUUGCAAGGUAUAUGUUAGAUAACCCGGGAGUUGCAAAGGAUAAGAAGGUGCUGGAUCUCGGGAGUGGAUGCGGGGCUUCAGCUAUUGCUGCCAAAAUGAGUGGCUCUGCUCACGUCCUGGCCAAUGACAUUGACCCAGUUGCGGCCAUCGCCACGAAGUUGAACUGCGAACUGAACGGCCUGGAGCCCCUUCCUGCCGCCACGGAGGAUCUGAUUGGCUCGGAGCCGCGGGGCUGGGACCUCAUCCUGCUGGGGGACAUGUUCUACGAGGAGGCCCUGGCGGACGGCCUGCACGCCUGGCUGCGCCACUGCAUCCGGACCCAUGGCACACGGGUUCUGAUCGGGGACCCCGGGCGGGCCCAGCUGGAGAGCCACGGGAUUAAGAGGCGGCUGCUCCCGCAGGCCCGGUACGAGCUGCCGGGGGCUGUGAGGGAGGAGAACUACGGUCUGACCAGCAGCACGGUGUGGCGCUACCAGCCUGAGCUAUGAUAUAGUCCCUUACCGAGGACCUAGCUCCAGAGCUACCAGGCUGAGCAGUGACCAUCGUCCCUCCUGUGAACACUAUAACACAAUAAAAUUUAAUAGUAUUUGUUGUGCAAGUCUUAAUUUUUCCAAGUUUCUCUUGCAAAGGGAUCUCAACUCACUUUGUAUUGGAUGCAAAACACCUCGUGGACCUGGCUUGUGCUGUAACUGGCUGACUCACUCACACACUCACGAUUCUCCACAAGGGGGAGCUAUUAGCACGCAAGUAGCUGAAAUUCGGGGGCACUUCGUAAGAGUGCUGCUUCGCAUCAGCAUCCUUGUCUAUGCAGUUUACCCAUUGAUCCAAGCUUCAAGCAUUUUGUUUCAAUAAAGAAAGCCAUUGCCACC